AGACCGAGAGGGGAGCUGGGGAGGGAGAGGGAACGGGAGGGGACAGUAGGGGUGAGGAGGGGGCGAGGGAGGGGGGUCAGCAGAGGAUUGAGGGCAGAACGUCUCCGCUCCUCCCCCUCUUGCUCUGCGUCGCGCAGUCGGUUUGGAGCGGGGACGGGAGCGGUCGGUGGUGGUGGCGGCGGCGGCAGGAUGAUACCGGAGCUGGAGAAAAGCACAGUGCGCAUUCGACAUCCAGAGCGCGUCCAACAAAUCAUCUCCUCCCUCCGUGAUGGGGGAGCCUCGAAACUGCAGAUCGUGACGGAUUUCGAUAUGACCUUAACCCGGUUUGCCCACAAUGGAAAAAGGAUCCCGACGUGUCACACUAUUAUUGAUAACAACAAGCUGAUCAGUGAUGAAUGCAGCAAGAAGCUGAAGGACCUGGUCAACAUCUACUACCCCAUUGAGAUCGAUGCGAGUCGCAGCAUCGAGGAGAAGCUUCCGCUGAUGAUCGAGUGGUGGACGCAAACACACGGCCUGCUGGUGCAGCAGAGGAUUCGGAAAGAUAAGCUGGCGGAAAUCGUGCAGGAGUCCGGCGUGGUGCUGAGGGAGGGCUACCAGACUUUCUUCGAUGAGCUUCUCAAGAGCAACAUUCCCGUCUUCAUAUUCUCGGCUGGUGUUGGUGACAUUUUGGAGGAAAUAAUUCGACAGGUCAACGUCUACUACCAGAAUGUGACGGUGGUCUCCAACUUCAUGGACUUUGAUGAGAAGGGGUGUCUGAGAGGCUUUAAAGGCGAACUGAUCCACAUCUACAACAAGGGCGAAGGGGUUCUGCGCAACACGGACUACUUCCAGCAGCUGAGUGACUACACCAACGUCAUUCUGCUCGGAGACUCGCUGGGCGACCUGGAUAUGGCGUGUGGGGUCCAGAACAUGGAGAACAUCCUGAAAAUAGGAUUCCUCAAUCACACGGUGGAUCAGUUCCUGGACAAAUACCUGGCCUACUUUGACAUCGUGCUGGUGGAGGACGAGACAUUGGAGGUGGCGAACGGAAUCCUGCGGCACAUCCUGCAGCGCGGCCCGGCCGCUCCUGGCGGGGACAGUUAGAGGCGACUCCAGCCCCGACCCCCCCACCCCGAGCUGGGGCAGUGGAGAGGUGAACAAGGGGGGCUACAUUUUCAAAGACUGCGCUGCAUGAGAAAGCUGCUCCUCUCUCAGUCAGCAGACCUUGUACAACGCGAGGACUAACGUCGCAUUAUAAACACGAGUGAGUGGUGAAUGCGGAGCGUGUGUCCACGCCAUCCAGCGUCCUGUGUGUGUGUGUGUGUGUGUGAAUGGAUUGUGUAUUUGUAAGAAAUCGUUGUGGUAAAAUUAAAACAUACAACACC